CUCUGCUCUGAAAAAAAGAGAACAAUCUAAACUGAGAUUAUUAUUUUUUUUUUUACACCUCCCGAAGACAGAAAAUAAGAUAUGCUUUUCGAGGAGGGGAUUUAGUUUAAUGUAGUCCGGAGCAGGCGACAUAUUUGUAGUGACAGGCUACAUACAAAACCAUUACAGGACUCCCGAGGUUUGCGUGUGUAAUCUCUGCGAAGUUUCUCGCCACUGAAAGGCAUUCUGCCUCUUCCUCCCGCUGGUCUGCACAUCCCGGAAAAUCUGCUGGUGUUCAAGUGGAGUUGAAGAGAAAACAAAAGUGACAACACCACAUCAGCACCUUCUUCUAUUUGGACUAUAUCCUUAAAGAAGUUCUUGGACUUUUUCUUUUUUUUCCGUUUAGCCAGUUCCUGCAUCAUUUUCUGGUUGUGUUGUGUGCAGGAAGAUUUCUAUUUGUUGGAUAAUACUCCUAGUAGCAAAAGGGCAAGCAAGACAAGUUUCUUUUUCAUUCGGUGCUAUAGGCUUCUUUCAGCCUCCACCGGUUCCCCCAAUGAUGCAAGCUUUUGUUGCGCCCGGAUACAUCUCUCCUCUCUCGCAGCACUGAUUUCCUUUCCUCCUCCAAGUCAUCUCAUCUGUACCAUUCACAGAGGGACGCCCAGGACUGCCAUUUUCGACAACUGCUUAAGACUGGUAGGUGAUAAUGGCCAUGGAUCGAUGAAAAAUGCUUAUUGAGAUUGCAGUGAGGUGAAGUUGGAGGCCCUGCGUCAACACAGAAUAACCGAAGAAACAGUUUAACAACUUUUGACACUGAUACAUCGGCUUUUUUUUCCUUUUUCUUUUUUGAGACUUGCUGUAGAAAUAGGUUUGUAGCCUGCUUGUAGCUGUUCAUGACGGAAACGAUGGCGCUGAGUGGAAACUGUAGGACUAACCCCAAAGAGCAAGCAUCAGUUCAGAACAGUUUCCCAGAUGUUGUUGAAUUAAACGUAGGGGGGCAGGUUUAUUACACGCGUCACUCAACUUUGGUGGGCACCCCGAAUUCACUACUCGGUAAGCUAUUCUCUUCCAAAAAAGACGCAUCUAAUGACUUGGCGAGAGACCCCAAGGGCCGUUUCUUCAUCGACAGAGACGGGUUUUUAUUCCGCUAUGUGUUGGACUACCUCCGAGACAAGCAAGUCGUCCUCCCGGACCACUUCCCGGAGAAAGGGAGGCUCAGGAAAGAGGCGGAGUACUUCCAGCUGCCCGACUUAGUGAAGCUCCUGACCCCUGAGGAUAUCAAGCACAGCCCGGACGACUACUUCCACAGCGACUAUGAAGAUGGUUCCCAGGGCAGCGACCACCGGCAGUGUCCGCCGCCCUCUCUCGUCCCCGCGGACAGAAAGAGCGGCUUCAUCACGGUGGGGUACCGGGGCUCGUGCACCAUGGGCCGAGAGAGUCAGACCGAUGCAAAGUUCAGGAGGGUACCUCGGAUACUGAUAUGCGGGCGGGUGGCCCUCGCCAAAGAAGUUUUCGGGGAGACCCUGAACGAGAGCCGGGACCCGGACAGGACCCCGGAUCGGUACACCUCCCGGUUUUACCUCAAGUUCAAGCACCUGGAGAGGGCUUUUGACAUGCUGUCGGAGUGUGGUUUCCAAAUGGUGGCCUGCAACUCGUCAGUCACCGCCUCGUUUGUCAACCAGCACACAGAGGACAAGAUCUGGUCCAGCUACACAGAAUACGUCUUCUACCGUGGUCCAUCACGUUGGUCCUCUCCUCCAUGUGACUGCUGCUGCAAGAACCACAAGGGUGACGGCGAGGGCGAGAGCGGCACCUCCUUCAAUGAGCUCUCCACCUCCAGCUCUGAGAGCCAGUCAGAAGCAAGCUCUCCCCAGGGAACAGUCAUUUGCGGCCCGAUCAACCGCCAGUCACACCCCCACGCCAAUGUCCAAACCCUGGACAGGCCGCCAAAAAAGGGCCCCAUCGCCAUGCUCCAGCAGUCCGAACAGCGGCGGAAGAGUGACUUGCUACGCACGCUUACGGCAAGCUCCCGCGACACCAGCACCUGCAAGAAAAGGCCGGCGAAAGAGAAGCCGACGGUCGAGGAAGAGCUGGAAAAGUGCAUUCAAGACUUCCGCAAGAUCAAGAUCCCAGAGAGGUUCCCUGAGAGGAAGUACAUGUGGCAGGCCGACCUGCUGAGAAAAUAUCGCCUCUGAGCCAGGAAACAGGACAGAGGGAGCUGACACAUGAGGCCAAGGAUCAGUUUACAUGUUUUUCGAUCUUGACUUUUGCAGCAAAAGGGAAAUAACACUAAACUUGUUUGAUUCCAGUUUCUGGGGGAAACUUCACCUUUAUACCAGUAGGUUGUGUAAGUCUACACAGAAGCUAGUAAGAAGCAUUAAAACCAGACUGUUCCCUUAUUGACAUAUGUAAUACGUAUGUGUAUGUAUGUAGUUUAGGCCUACUGUAUGCACUGUAAGUAUGUGCUGUACCUUGCUGAAUGCCUCAGAGCUUUGAAUAAUUUAUCCCUGAGGAGAAUCUAAGUGGGCGAAAGACAUCCUCUAUGAACUCAUCAACCAACCGAAGGCUUGCUAAUGGCUUCACUAGGGGUUACUGAGGGUCACUGGACUGCACACACUGUCAUCUGUCAUCAUUUCACUGAAAAACCACAAAGACAAACACUGAUUUAGUAUGUGAAUGUGUGUGUUUAUGUGUGUGUUUGUGUGUGUUCGCACCCAGGUGGCCUAGAGGUCACAGAUAAAUCUGCAUCAGGACCCAUUAAUAAUUCAUGCUGUCCCGACAGUGCUCUCACUAUAAAUACACCCAGAGCUCUGUGCUGCCAGUUUGGCGUACACAGCUAGGAUGAUUACUUUACUUUUAAGCAACAUUUGGGGACUUCUGAGGCAGGAGGAGGUACAAUUUCAUCAGCACUACAAUUCAUUUUCUUCAUGUAUUGUCAGUUAUAUUGCAGACGCACCCCAAGGGAAUCAAACUGUCCUGCAUUGCAUAGAUUUUUGCCGAUUUUUGGCUAGAUUUGUAGCGAUACCCAGGUUACUGUGUGAAGGACAAGAGAAACGGUGAAGGAUUUGAUUUGAUGGUCAAACCAUGGGGAAAUACAGAGGCUCAAUGAAGAAAAGUCCUGAUUUAACACACCUACACACACACACUUUUCCAUUUACUGUAGAUAAUAGGCAUUUUGGCAAAUUACAACAACAAAAUGAACAGGACACUCAACUCACAUACAUUCAUUCCCACAUACAAACACGCAGAGCGAUCAGUCAUGAGGUCAUUUAAACCAAGCUCAAUACGACACCUACAGUACAUACAGACAGAAUGGGACAGGAUUGCUACACAGGCUAACCUCGUCAACACAGACAGAUGCUUUCAACCCUGACUGUUGACACAGUGAUCAAUAGUUAUUGAUGAUACGGUCCGGUGAUAGAGCUGAUAGAUGUGGUUCUUGUUUACAGUUAUUAAUGAAGCCCGGGUCAACGGGAUAUAACCUAUUGUGAUGUAGUUACAGGAACCAAGAUGUCAGACAGCUCUUUUAAAAGAGCGCAAUUCAAUAACACAAUUUAAUUUCCCCAGGAGGUUGAUAGUUAUUACUUGCUGGAUGACAUGUUACUGACAGAAUGAUAUAGAAAUUAUUUCAGGGUGCAAAUUCAAUUAUUGACCACCGUUAAUGGCAAAAGCACACAAACAUUCAGUGGUCUUUUUAGAGUUAUGAUGGUAAACUUAAAUAUUAUAAAUGCCAUUCAACGCAGUCAUUGUCAGAUUAGUUGAUUGUUUAUUUGAACAGGUAGUGUUAUUGACAUCACAUUCUCUGUUUUAGGAGAGACAUAUGUAAAAGAGAGAACAUAUAUAUAUAAAAAAAGAUUCAACAUAUAGUACAGUGGAUUGUUAAAACAACAGUUAAAAUGAGAAAGGAAACAAAUAUAUGAUGCAGUGAGAAUUAGAGUUCAAGAUGUUCAAAUCUUUUAUUGGUACUAACUUCAGUGUUGAGGGGCAAAUUAAAAGCAUGCUGUCAAUGUACUGUAAAAGGAAGCUUCCAAACACUGAUCAUGUCCAAUGUAUGAGACAAAUUUGAUCAGAUGUAGUUUAAGUUUCCAUAAGAGGAAGUAGCUGAUAAGAUUGGUAAAUGGCUGAAUAACAGCUUCAGGUAAAAAACAAGGUAUUUAUGAAUAGUGUGAUAGACAGCUGUGAUGAAAGAUGUAGUUUGGGUUAGGGAGUUAUAAAUAUUGAUGAACUGACUUGUAUAGAUGAAAGUUCAGAAUGACCUUGGUAGUAGAAUAAUAAAAAGAGAGGAGACAGCAGAAAGCAUUUUCACAGAGGAACUUCAUUAAAACUUGUCAUUAUUUGCUAUUGCAGCUCAUGAAAGUGCAGAGGAGUGGGCUUUAUAAACAAUCAUAGCUUUUACAAAGCACAAAAUAUAAAGAAUUAAAAGCACACACAAAUGAGAAUGGCAUAUGCAUAGUACAAACUUAUUCAAAGAUCAGUUUAUUUAAAAAUAUCCCUGAUAUGUUAAUAGAAAUUGAUAAUUAAAGAAUAUGUUCUAUUAUACUUAUUUUUCUAUUUAAAGGCUUUUAAAUUCAUAGAUUAUCAAAUACCCUUGCCCAUGUUGCCCAUAAAAUGUAUUUACUGUGAGAGAAGUGGUUCAUGGGUAGUAAGAAAGUUAUAUUCAGUGGUGCCCGUAUAUGUCUGUUGCAGGUUUAUUAUAGUAUAAAGUAACAUGGUUGCAAUAGGUGCUAGAUACAAACCAACCAUUUUCCUCAUGUCAAUACAAUGAAUAUGACUUAUUUUUCUACAUUACUGGAAUAUUACAUUUUCAUUUUAAAGUAAUUUAUCUUAUCAGUUGAAUUAAUAUGUUAAUCCAGACUACAUAUCAUAUGUAAAUACACACCAUAAAUCAUACCUAACCAGAAUAAUGUAUUAUACUCUCUGUAUAUAACAUGCAAAUCCAUGAGGUGUGGCUGCUACGCUGUUCUUAGUGAUGCAGUAGACUGACGCUAAUGUAAUACAGCCAUUCUUGUUUUAUCAUCUGUUGGGCCAUCAGGGAUGAGGGAAAAUAUAAUACAUACUUAUUACAUAUUAUAUAUUUACCACUAUGAUAAGCUACUCACUUUUCAAGACAACAGUGUCAUAAAAAGACUAUCAGCACAUUUGUCUGACAGUGCCACAGAGGCAGGCUCUGGUGACUAAGACAUUUCAGCAAUGCUGAAUUGCAAUCAAUAGAUUUAAAAAUGUGUGUUCAGGCCUUAAAAAAAGCAUCCAAAAGAAAAGUUUGUUCAAAACUCAAAAAGGUACAAAGUGUUCAGCAGCUGUAACCCUGAAGCUUUUGUUACUGUACAGUGGAGUCAGAAAGUGUUAGGAUAGUGAUAUGUUUUUUGUAGUUUUGGAUCUGUACUCCAGAACAUUGGAUUUGAAGUGGUGAAACAAUGACUAUGAGGUGAAAGUGCUGACUUUCAACUACUAACAGAGUUUGAGGGUAAUUACAUCCAUACAGGUAUAAGUUGAAUAGUGUAGGAUUCAUAGUCCCCCCCCCAACAAUUAUAAGACAAUACAGCAGGUCAAUGAUUCUAAACAUACAGGCAAGGAAACAGGAGUUUUUAUGGCCAGUGACUUCACCUCAAUCCAACUGAUCGUGUGUUUAAUGCUGAAUACCCAACUAAAUGCAAAAAGCCCCUAAAACCAGCAAUGAGUGACAGCUGCAGUAUAGGGCUAGCAGAGUGGGCGGCAUUGACUGCAAAGGAUUUGCAACCAAAUAUUGAAUAAGACAACUUCAUUUGGGGGCCACAUUUCUGCAUUUCCCAACCUGUUAUCUUGUGUAGAUGUAAACACUCUCAAGUUAACUUGAGCUGACAAUCAGAACUUUAACAUCACAGUCUGUUUCAUUUCAAAUCGCAUGUGCUGGAGUAAAGACUCAAAUAAUUGUACAGGUAUUGUAUUCCCCGUUAGUUUUCCUGGUCUGAACCAAAGGAAAAAUGAAAAAUGUUCACCUUUUCACACAUUUUUGUUGUUGAAUUGUAUACAGUACAGUAGGUUCACAUUGACCAGUUACAAACAAUAAAGACUUAUGAUUAAAAGUCACAUAUAUGUUUCCUACAUCUAAUAAAUACAGGAGGAAAUAGAUGAAUUUGAGCAUUAGACUAGACAAUAGUUUGCCUUGUGUUGAUUUUUGUUUGUUAAGCUUUCUGAAAACAGCAUGCUGACUUAAGAUACUCUAUCAAGAUUCUACUCCUUUUCCCCAUAAAACAUGUGUUUUCAGUUGCUGGUACAAUUAUUAUCUGGCCAAACAAUCCAAACACAGUAAACAGUCUGAAUAAACUGGUGCAAAAAUGAUUCAUGUUAAAGGUGAAAGUCUCUGAUUGUCGAGAGAGAAUUGUUGCAUAGCUUUUUGCAUAGUUAUUUUUGACAUCUGCAGUAGUUAGUCUUGUGCUGUCAUAUUCAGCCCAGUUUAGGCGAGAAAACAAGCUGAUAUUAGGGAUCGUGUUUGCUUGACUUUGCCUGCCAUUUUAUAAAUGUGUUGUGUUUGUUUACUUUGAGAUGAUUCAACAACAAGGUCGAUCAGUCAAUCUAUCUGAGAGCAUUUUCAAACACAGAUUUGUCAUAAGAGAUGAUUAGAAAUUCCGCUGAAAAGACAAAAUGAAUAUCAAGACACCCGGUGGCCUUCUAGAGUAGACUACAGCUGUUUUUUGCACAAUGUAUAAAGUUAAUAAAGAAACACAAAUAAGUAUUUGAAAAAGAGAUAAAUAUGCUAUAAUCACCUUACAUGCACAACACAGCCACAGUGUGUCUGUCAUGAGAGCGAAAGACUGCAGAUAAAGCUGACCAGUUUUCACCUUCAGAGCACAUGAGAUGAUAUUCAGUUAUUUGGGCCUGAAAAGAACAACAGAUGAUGUAAAUCUUGAUAAAUGACUGCAAUAUUGUUUUAAGUCAAAUGUGAUGUAUGAAAAGGAAGAGAGACUGUGAAUUGAUGUUAAGUUUGUCAAUUUAUGUCGUUUUGGAGUGCCCGACUACAGUCUGUGAUUUUCUCUCCUGAAGUUAUAGUCAUGCCCUGCAAGUAAAGCCUGCGUACAUGACGGCAGGCCCUGUUAUUUUCCUCCUGCCUUUGAUGAGCUUGCGAACCACGAAGAAAAUCACAUUAUCCUGAUACCACCAAGGUAGACCUGGCAAAUACUGUUUGAAACAAAAGGGCGUCUGUUUUGAUUAUUGUUGUUCUGACACUAAAAAGAAAAAGAAAAAAUGGUUCAGAAACAUUGUGAGCAUGUUGAUAUACAAAACUUAUAACAGAUUUAACUUAGUCUGUUCUUGUGAAAAAGAUUAUGUCAAAAACAGAUAUUUAACAGAAAAAAGAAAACUUGCAAAAAAAGAAAAAAAGAUAAGCACAAAUGUGUUGAUAGUGUCUGCUGUUCCUCCACAGGUGUAUAACAUUAUCAAAUAAAAAGUCAACUCUGCAGUGUGACCGAGCUCCUGAAAAACAGAGUGAUUCUCACCAGGGGCAAAAUAACUUAGUUCAUGGAAAUACUUGUUUCAUCAUGAAUCAUUCAGACAAUAUUAAUUAAAUACUAUUUUGGUAAUUGUGGAAUUAUGAAAACCUGUCAAAGUUUUUCUGGUCUUAAAAUGAUACAUAGAUUUACUUCCAUAAAUUAAAUUGAAUGUUGUCAAUAGCCAAACAUCCGUGGUGAGAGUUGCCCUGUAUUCCAGGUGUUACUACGUCUGCCUUUAGAGACAGUACAAUUCAUCUGAGAGUCUUUAGAUACAAAGCAUAUAGUAAUUUUGAAAAUGUAUGACAAAAACAAAUAAACAAGACAUUCUGUACAGCGA